AAAUUACCUUUAUUUUGAUAUGUCGGCGCUUGGUGUGUUUACGGAGUUUUAUUUGUUUUGCUAAGUUUGUGCUAAUUAAAUCAAUUGCGGGGGCAUUAGCUAUGGUAAUUUGUGUUCUCCAGUGUGUUUUGAGCUAACAAAAUGCCGUAUUACUGCACGGUGCCUCGGUGUACGUCCAUGGCUGGAAAAGCUAAGAAUGUUUCGUUCCACCAAUUUCCAAGGGAUGAGGAGCUGGCUAAACUCUGGAAUAGAAUACUGAAGAGAGGCAAACCAUACACAAAGUACUCUAAAGUGUGCAGUUUGCAUUUCAAACCAGAAGAUUACACCAUAACUAGCGUUGGAAAAAACAGAGGCCAAUGGAGAACCUUACGUAAAGACGCAAUACCGUCGCAGAACCUACCAUCGGAUACGCCAGCGCCGUACCACAGGACCAGAAAUACUGGCUCGUGGGUGCCAGGCAACAUACCACACUCCAUGGGGUUGGAUCCACAGAUACAGCAGCAGAUGGCUCAAGCGAUCUACAUGCAGACGAUGCUAGCGAUGCAGGCCGGCGCGACUGAUGCCCUCGCCACAUUCUGUAACGGUGUCCCAACACCAGAAGACUUAACCCCCCACACAUCAACCGACGAAACGACAAACGACUCCAGAAACGACGACACUGAACCCAGAACUUCGUACAAAUGUACAGAAUGCUCAAAAUGUUUUAAAGACCCCGACGUUUUCAAACUCCAUCAAAGGAUACACUCCAGAACUGAGAAAGAAAACUACAACAGCAACGAAUCGAGGCAAGAAACAUUGAAAUCCAACCCAAUACUGGCCAAUCUGCUGAAAAAUCAAGGUAACAUGAAUUUAGAUGUAAGCACAUCGAUUCUGAGCAUUGAAAACCAAAUUAUGACAGCGCUGGCUGCUAACAUGGAAAGUUACAUAAGGAAUCUUAUCCUAACACACAACGUUAAAGAGGCUGAUAGUUGCAACCGAGUGGUUGAUUCUUGCAAGCAAGAAAACGAUUCGUGUAACCAAAAAAAUGGUCAGUGUAACCAAGAAAAUGAUUCAUGUAACCAGGAUUCGUCCGAUUACGACAGUAGAGACAUAGAAUCCGAGAGUAACUUAGUAAUAGAUGAAAGCGCACAAUGAAUUUAACAAAACAUAUUUUUAGAGUAGUUUUUUACAAAUUAUAAACGUCCCAGUGACCUUUUUAACAUUUUUUGUUAUUUGGAAUUUAUGAACUCCAAAAUACUCUUAAUAGGAAUAUAUUGAAUUUCCUUUUUGUGUAAUGGCUACACUGAAAUUCGUUGUCUAUGGUAAUGCACUCAACCAGAGACAAUUUUUUGUCUAUGGCCAUUGGCCAUUAGUUAAACGCUAGUGUAUAAAUAUCCCACCUUAAUAUAAGUCUGAUGUAUAAUAAUCGGGGUCGUACGAGCUAUAUUAGAAUUAGCAAACACCAAUAUAGUAUUGGCUAAGCCUUCAAAAAGACUGUAUAUUAGGUUUUAGAAAUUCUAGUGGCGUAAAUACAGGGUGUCCCAAAAUUUUCACGUCACACUGACACCAGAGGUAAAAAAUGAGCUUAAGACGCAUCUA